CCCCAAGUCCCAACCAUAUUUUGUCAUACUCCGAUUAUUUUAUAACCGGCGAAAUCAAUCAAGGAUACACAAUUAUUGUCGAUUCGUUUCCCUUUAAAUUCAGUUUCCAUGCCACUCUGAGCAUAAUACUCACCGUUAAAUCAGCCGCCGGCAGCCGUUUGCCCAUUACCGACGUCCGCAACGCCGUUUCCGGCAGACUUUAUUCUCUGCAAACCUCGCCGGCGAUCGAUCUGAACUGCGUGCUGCUGUUGAGUGCUGCAAUCAUACUAUACCGGAGUUCUGGAGGCAUCAGCUUCGGGUCAAACCCAAUAGGGCUCAGUUUCGACUGAGUGAGGAGAAGAGCAAAAAGCAGUGCUCUUGGAGCGAAAGAUUCGACCUUUGGAGACUAUGGAGGCUUACAAGAGAUGGGUCAGAACUAAUAGAGAUUUUGUUCGUCAGCUGGGUUCCCUAAUUAAUGGAUUGACAUGGCUUCUUCCGGAUGAGUUUGGAUAUUCAGAGAUUGGGCCAGAAGCAGUAUCAUCACUACUGGGAAUGAUGACUACCAUAAAUGAGCAUAUUAUUGAUACAACGCCAACCCGUAUGCAAACACCACCUUCAGAGCCUUCUUUUCUCCCUUUGUCAUUAUGCCUAACAUUGCUGAAGGACUUGGAGACCUUGGUUGAAGUUGCAGCUGAACAACUCUGUGGAGAAGAAAAAAAAUGGAAUUUCAUUGCUAUUACUGAGGCUGUCAAGGUACUAGUUAGGUUGAUUGUGUUUAGGAAUAGUGGAUAUAAAAUGCUUUUGCUUGGUGGGGAAACUGAAAAUACUGAGAACAGUUCUGAUGUUCCAAGGCCCGAAGAAAGGAAUGGAAACCUACAAAUGCAUAUUCCAAAGAAUGUUCGUGGGCUGAACUCAUAUAAUCUUGAAGGAAGGGCAUUAUCUGCCCUGAACAGUUUAGGUGAACAUGCUAGGAUGGUUUCUGAGCCUACAUGGUUGCGUAGGGUUCAACACCAACAAACUAUCAUUGAACCUCCAACCGUGGUGAUGAAACCUAGUCUAUCAACUUUCUUGUCUGAGAAAGGUUUUCCUGGAAGCUUAUUUGUCACAGGGGAGGCCAUGUUUGUACUAAGACCACUUAUUUAUGUACUAUUGGUAAGGAAGUAUGGGGCUCGAUCAUGGUUUCCUUGGGUCAUUUCAUUGGCUGUUGAUGUCAUUGGAAAUGGCAUUCUCUCUUGUAUCAAUCUGUGCCCACAGAGGAGUAAAAGGCCGCAGUUUCAACUUUCCAACUCUGAGAAGGACGAGUUAAAAAGGCGGAAAUUAUUGUGGGCACUUUACCUUAUGAGAGAUCCCUUUUUCAGCACAUAUACCCGGCGAAGACUUGAAAGCACUCAAAAGCUAGUAGAACCUAUUCCCAUCGUUGGAUUUUUUACAGAAAAACUCGUUGAAUUAAUAAUUGGAUCCCAGACUCGCUACACCUAUUUCUCUGGCGCCUAAUAUGGAUACUGCAAAAUGUGUAAACUCUCUGUUAAAAAACAAAAUGUGGUGACAUUCUAUGUGCCCUUUUUGCAGUUAAGAUUGGUUCAAUUUUGUUGUAUCCAAUAGCUGCCUGAACUAUAAUAAUCUUGCAAUGCAAUUUUUUUUUUUAA